UCCUUCUCUCUCUCCCCCUCUCUCUCUCCCCCCUGCGCCACCCACCCACAUACACACACACCCAUCUCCCACCCUCACACACACACACAGACACACACACAUACCUCCACCCCCAUACCUCCAACACCCACUUCCCCCCGUCUCUCUUUCGCGCUAUCGUCCUCCCCAUGUCGCACACCGCCGGUGUUCCAAGCGGACGAGUGGCGGCCAUGGCUGUCAUGGCGGUGGUCAUGGUCAUGGGCCUGAUGGUGCAGGAGGCAGUCGGACAAAGCCCUGUCGGAUCAAAGUGCGCAGGCCCGCGCUCAUGCUCAGAGUGUGUCAAGCGUAGCGGGUGCGGGUGGUGUGCCACGCCGCUCGAUGGAGCCGUCAAUGGCUCGCUUGCGGUUAUUGGAUGCGUGGAGGGCACGUUUAGCUCGGGCUCGGGAUGCAAGAGCCACGAUUACAUGGCCAAGCAGUGCACUGUGGCCAACCUGUACAUUGUGCUUGGCCUGGUGGCCUCGGUCUUCUCAUGCUCUGCUGUUGCUAUCUGUGCAUUUGGUGGAAGUGCCGCAAACGGUCGAAGCGCAAGUCGAAGAGGCUGCUGGAGGACUACGACUCGUGGGUCGACUCGAUCCGGUCGGAUGGCUCAACGCCCAAGACGGACGCCCGGCGGGAGGAGAUGCGCGCCAAGUACGGCAAGUACAUGCGCAACGAAAAUGAGGUUCCACUGCGGUAGGAUCGUGGCUAGGCAUCGGCGAGGAUGCUGAAGCGCUCAUGGCAGAGGCUGAUCUCGUCCAGAGAGCGAUGCCAUUGCCAGUCGGAGCGCGGGACCUCGCGGAGGAUCUGGAAAAAGGUGCACGGCAGGCAGAAGAGCGGCAUGGCAAUGUCGCCGACGCAGCCCUUGGCCAUGUCCGAGUGGCCGUGGCCGCCGUUGACGCG